CGUGUCGUCAUGCGCUUCGCUCCACCCGUUGCCCCCAUCAAGUGCGGCAUUUAUAAUCUCCAGACGAAUGUUAAAUUCAUGCCUUUUGUUGCCCAAAUUGAGAAGCUCCUCACGGAUGCCGGCAUAACUAACAAAGCUGACACUUCCGGCCAGUCCGUUGGCAAGCGUUACGCCCGUGCUGAUGAGCUUGGCACACCUUUCGGCGUAACUGUUGACUUCGACACCUUGAUAGAUCAUUCUGUCACCCUCCGGGAACGGGACACCAUGAGACAAGUCCGUGUUAAGAUAAGCGCUCUUCCUUCGCUACUCCAGGAGCUCUGUGGCUUUUCCGACCAUCCAAAACCAUGGGCCUCGAUCACAUCUCGCUUUCAGCUUGUGUGCUGUGUCGAGGGUCCCAUUCGGCACCAAGUGACCUCACGUUGCAUCUUCUCCAGGCCUGCGGAGCUAAUUUGAUACGCUCGAAGCAAAUCAUGCUUGCAACACUAUUUCUACAAGUUGACUUGCAUGCUCGUGUAUUUCGAGCAGGACAACGCAACGUUUUGUGUAGAUCGUUGUACCGGCUCUCUUUUAGCGCCCCGUAUCCGCAUAUGCAGGCCCCGUGCCACGUGCUCUGGACAGGCGGGUACGAAUUCUCAAUUUCAUAUUGUUGACUUCGGGCUUACAAUGGCUGCGCGUGCUUGAAUUCCGCCGCCUAGUUCAGAAAUGAGAGCGCCCCAGAACCAGUAACUAGAAUCAGAACCAGAUCGAGCUCGCGUGACCCAUUUGUCAUACAUCCUGCUAGGGAUUAUCAGCCCGCUUGAUGUUCGCGGACACACGCCGAGGCUCGCGGUUGCUGCCCGCAGGCAAUUCGGCGCAUUUUAGUCUGGGCCCCUCCCGCUGCCCCCUCCGCUUGCCCCCUCCGGCGGGCAUGAAACUAAACGGGGCUCAGUUCGCGACUUGGCGCCCCCCCACGGAGCCCCCACGGCGCCCUUAAGUGCCCCAC